GAUCUCAUAAGAGUUAUCAAAUCACUCAAAUAAUAUAUGAGUUGAAACUUACAAUAAUAUAGUUAUUCCAAUGAGGAUUUCUUCUUCUCUUUUCCAAUGGGCACUUCUUGGUCUCUGGCUGUGGUUAUCUGCUGUGACUAUUUGUCAAGCUUCUUCAGAAGCACCAGGUAUCAAAGAUGAAGAUACAUUCCUUCCAACGUCAAAGAAACAUUUGAAGAAAUUACAUAGCUUCUUUCAUCACCCUAUUCCAGGAUUUAAAACGCCUUGUCCUCCAUCAACUCCCAUUCAUAAGCCUAAACCAAAGCCAGAGCCAAAGUCAGAGCCAGAGCCAGAACCAGAACCAGAGCCAGAGACAAAGCCAAAGCCAAAGCCAAAGCCAAAAGUAGAAUCAAAACCUAAGCCGAAGUCGAAGCCAGAACCAAAACCAAUUUACAAGCCACAUCCUUUCUUUAAGAAACCACCAUUUCACCAUCCAUAUUUUAAGUUUCCACAUCCUAAGAAGCCAUUUCCACCUUCGGAUUCCUAGAUUAAUUGUGUGGUAGAUCUUCAAUUUUCAUUUCCUAUGAAGUGUUGCACUUAAUAAAGGGUUCUUUUAUUGGUUGAAAGGAAAAUUAUAACCAUAGAAGAAGUAAGAUAAUAUUGUGGUAAUUAAUGUUUAAUUAAGUGUGUAAUAAUAUUGUGUUAAUGUUUCUUUUGAAUGGCAAUCAAAUUGUGAAAUUGAA